AUGAACAAGUAGACCAAAGUGACGCAAUCACGUGCACCUACUUCACGAAAUCAAAACAAGUUUUCCUUGAAAUAUGUUCCCUCGUCUAAGUGACGUCAUGUUUAUGACAAAACUUUCACAGUUAUUCGAGUCAUCGUUGAAUAUUAUCCAAAAGUAUUUCCCCAUCAGUUCUUGAACUGUGAAUUUGUUUUGAUUUUCUUAAAAAAAUGGCAGAUAAUACCACGUGGAAAUUUGUUGUGUGGGAGCGUUUGAAUAAAACUGGGAAAUGGUGUCCAUAUUCUGCUGACGUAUCUCAAUUUUUAGAACAAAGUUAUAAAAAGGAUUUGGAUGAAGUUUCAUUAAGCGAUGUUGAUGAAAAUCUGAAAAUUUAUAACGUGAAUUUCAAAGAUAUGGUUCAAAUCUCGACUGCUACAGGAACAAAAUCUACUAUUAGAAGACGGAUGUGUAAUAAAGAUGAUUUGUUAUGUAGUGGUUUUACCUGGCAGUGGCAUGAUGAUCAUGAUGUAUGGCAUUCAUAUGAUGUUGAAGUAAAUAACUUUAUUGAGAAAGCGUAUGUUGAGGGCUUGAAGCAUGUUACUCUUAAAAAAGUAUUCCGUGGGUAUAAUUAUGAAAUUGAUUUCAAGAAAAUGUUACAAAUCAACAAGCAAACAAAGCGUAAGAGGUCUAUUAGAAGAAUUCAAAGUGCUUCUCCUUAUCCAGUAUCUACAGAUGAUUCUAUUGCGACUCAACCCACAACUGACUCCACCACUGAUAGUGCCUUUAGUACUGUGAAAGGUGCGGAUUAUUCUCACUUUAUGAAUGAUAUACCAGGUACCGAUGCUUUAUUACAACAAAUGAAUCAGUAUGUCAGAAAUGUUAAGAGAAGCUAUAUUACAGAUAAUGGUGUUGAUGUUUCUACUGUUAAUGAGCUAAUUAGAAAUGAAGAUGUAAAUAACCAUGAUGAUUUAUUAACCUGUGAUACCAAUCAAAAUUCGUAUGGAAAUCAAUCACAUACUGCAGCAAUAAACAAUUCUACAGUUGCCCUUGUCAAUGGUAGACCAUGGUUUCACAGUCGACCUCCUCAUACACCGCAAUCUCUUUUAAAACCUGUUCCUGGAAUUGAUCCAAUAUCCGCCUGUAGCAGAAAAACUAAAAGAAAGAAGAAAGUGAAACUUGCAAAUUAUGAAGAAAUGGAUACUGGAAUUGAAGAUGUCUUGAGUGAAUAUACCAAGGAAGUUAAUUUGGAUAUAUCGAAUUCUAAAGACGAAGAUUGUAUUAUCUGUUGUGAACCUUUAUCUGGUGGAUCCUCCUACGAUGAUGAUUGCAGUAUUGUACAACUUAAAUUGUGUCCACACAUAUUUCAUAAAUCAUGUCUUUUAGCUAUGUAUAAUAGUGGACCAAAAGAUAAGUGCCUUCAGUGUCCUGUAUGCAAGAAAAUUCAUGGUGUAAAAUAUGGAAUUCAGCCUCCUGGUGACAUGAUUUAUCAUAUUUUGCCUUAUUCAUUACCAGGAUAUCCUGAAUGUGAUACAAUACGGAUUAUUUAUGAUAUUCCUUCAGGAACUCAAGGGCCGGAACAUCCUAUGCCUGGAAAGAAGUACACAUCUAGAGGCUUUCCUCGUCAUUGUUUUCUUCCUGACAAUGAAAUGGGCAGAAAGGUUUUGCGUUUGCUGAUAAAAGCAUGGAAGAGGCGUUUAAUUUUCACAAUAGGGCGUUCUUCCACAACUGGGGAAGAGAAUACUGUCACUUGGAAUGAAAUCCAUCAUAAAACAGAAUUUGGAUACAGUCGAAGAGGGCAUGGUUUUCCAGAUCCAAAUUAUUUUAAUAAUGUUUUGGCCGAACUAGAGGCUCAUGGUGUAGUAGAUGAUGAUGUAUAUAUGUGGUAUCCUGCUUAAAGUUAUUUCAUUAAUUUCUAUAUAUGUAAUAUAUUAUGAUUUCUACAUUGUAUAUUUGAAAAGAAUUAUUAUUUUCUUACGAUUUUUGUAAAUAUUUCUAGAAUUCUAUUUUUUAUUGAGAAUUGUAUAUGGCCUCUUUAAAGGAAUUUUGUUAAUUUAUAAAUGUAUGAUAUAAUAUACUCACUAUGUUGUAAUAAUAAAUAUAUAUCACUGCA